UUUGUCUAUGUUGUUUGUUUAACUGUUUUACUAGGUCUCACAAAAGAACCCACAAGGUCUGUCCAGCAUCCCAGUGACGUACUGAGCAUGUCUUCACUUUCCUCUGACGGGUCAUUUGAUAAGGGUUCUGACUCCUCCAUGAGCACAACUUCAUCAGAUGAAGACAGUCAGAAGAGGAAGAAGAAAGGCAAAGCCAAAAAGAAUAAGAAGUCAAAGAAACAUGACCAAAUUGCAAGAACAAGAGCCCAGAAUCCCAAACAAGUGGUCUCCCGGUAUGAGAGGAUUUUGAGGCUGUUCAAAAGAGGAGGGACCAUGUCAGCUGCCUUUAAACGUCUGGGAGUGGACCGGAACACAAUUGUGGCAACUGCUCCAAUUGCUGAGCUUUUCAUUGUCGCACCUGAUAGGUAUAAAGAAUUAGAAAAAAACAAACAGGGAAAUAAACUGUCAUUGUUUGCAACACAGUGUGCUGCAGCAAUCAGUGCAGAUCCAGAACUAGAGGACAAACGUGAGUCCUAUAAGUCUUCUGGGAAGUUACUUCCUCUUAAAAAAAAAGACUAGAUUUGUGUGUGUUUUUUUACAUUGUGAAAUGUGGUGAUAGGUCACCAUUGUUAACUGCAAAAAGGGCCAGAUUUAGUUAUGUAGUCCAGUUGAUUGGCAGAUUGGUGUGAUAAAAAAGACACUAUUUUUGGUUUGCAUGACUUUUAUUAUUUUUUUUACUGUUAGAUUCUAUGUUUAUUUUAAAGAUCACACAUGUGAUACAUUUCAUGUAAAAACAUACAGGUCAUAAAAGUGCAUCAAGCCUUGUUCUUUACUUCAAAUACUGGCUAAUAGUGGUUCAGCAAAAUGUUUGU